AUGGUCACGUCACUACAAGCCACAACUGCAAAAGCUCGGUCCCAAUAUUCCAUGAAUCGACUGUUGCUCAUCUUUGUUACCUUUGGAUCGCUCGUUCCAGCGGCUCACUUGGGAGGACCGGCGCACGGGAAUGAGCAUUGGCAGGCAGAAUUCUUUCGCUACACAAAACGAAAUAUUCCUGCGAAAAGAGGUCCGCCUGAAGAUUGGGAAGGCAAGAUACCACUUGUUGUAACCAACAAAUGCGAGACUACAAUCUGGCCAGGCAUUGCCACCCAGUCUGGUACCGGUCCGGGAACAGGAGGGUUUGAACUGGCACCUGGAAAGAACAAGACAUUAUGGGUUGCACCAGAUUGGCAGGGUCGAGUUUGGGGCAGGACGAAUUGUACUGUCAACGGGGAAUCAUGUGCUUGCAAAACCGGAGACUGCUUUUCUAAACUGGACUGCGAGUUUAGCGGAGCAACUCCUGCAACUCUUGCAGAAUUCAAUCUUGCCGGAGGAGUCACUGGGAUGCAAACAUUCUACGAUAUAUCUUUAGUGGAUGGCUACAAUCUCCCCAUGGGAAUCAACUACAUCCCUGCCAAGAACACCACAUAUAUCCCCCCAAACCUGACAAACUGCGCUUGCAUCGCCACGGCAGGAUGGCUCUUCAGCAGUGCCAAAACGGGUACAUUUUAUGCCAACUCUACAUUUCCCGUCCCCUGGGAACCAGAAGAAACCAAUCAAAGUGUAGAAAACUGGUGCCCGUGGCCGAAUCUCGCCUUUCCCCCCACUAAGCCUGGGGAUGGUGUAUACCCAUAUCCCGACGACAACAUCCAGCGACCGGCAUUUUCGCCUUGCAACAGUGCGUGUGCAGCAAGCGGUUCAGACAAGGAUUGCUGUGUCGGAAAAUAUCACGACCCGAAUAUUUGCAAGCCAUCAGGUUACAGCAAGGCUGUCAAAUCCGUCUGCCCCGACGCAUAUAGCUUUGCUUUCGACGACCAACAGUCUACCUUUAUCAUUCCCAAGGGAGGUGGCUGGGAAGUGGUCAUGUGUCCAUCUGGCCGAUCGACUAAUAUUUUACGGCAGCUUGGCAAAGAAUUAUCAGAGCUGGCGAGUGGUGGCAGCUUGUCAAAACGGUCCAUUAGACUGCUUAGGGAUGUCGCUUAUAUUGAAGCUGACAAGGGAGCAGCUGGCGGAUUGAAGCCAUCGAACGGACUAACGGUUGCCUUGUUGGCCUCACUUGUGGGAUUCCUUGUCAUGGUUUGA